AACUUCAAACAAAAUGGCGGUGAGAUUUCUGACAAUUCUAGUGCGUUUUACACAUUUUUAGAGAGUUUUUAUUGUACUUUAUGUGGGCUAAAAGUAGUAUUGGCAGUUUAUUGUCAUGGGUGAGGACGAGACUUGCUUCCUCUCUGCUUUUGAGGUCACGUAAAGCAAGUAUUUUGGUAUUUGGUGGAGUAUUAUUAUUCCUAAUAUGGAGUGCCUUAAAACUGUAUCCAUAUCAUAGACGGCAAGCCAGGCCAUCAGACAGACGGGGAUCAUAUUCUGCUCUGCCAUUUGAUGAAGUGUGCCUGGCCAACCAUCUUGCUAAGUGGGAUCAUGAUUUAGAUAAUGCUGAUGUCAUUAUUUCCCAUAGUCCUUUGCACAGUCAUGAAAGUCCUUAUAUUCCAUUUGUAGGAAAUGGUCAUCUUGGCAUUGCUGUCAAGAAGGACUCUUUUCUUCAACUUAAGGAAACAACAUUAAUGGAGGUACCUUAUAAACCUCUCAUUGAACCAACAGUCAGCAAUGGUCCUGCGCCUAAAGAAGCAAUUGUUAUCAACAUUCAAGAUGGAAUUGUGCAUCAUGUACAGAGUUUUUUAUGGUCAGGUAGUUGUAUUAUUCUAGAAAGUCAAGUCUAUGUCCAUAGAAGUCACUCUUCUCUUCUGGUACAACAUAUCAAAGUAAUCAAUCAUGCAGCUAUUUCAGCUGAGAUCAGUUUUAAAGAAAAAGACACUAAAGGUUGGGCUCAGUCUACAAUAAAUCAUGGCAGUUUGUCGCUGAAAUUAAAGAAAGUUAAAUAUGAUAUUCACCAAGGCAACAUUGCAUACCUUGAUGAAACACAUCCUGGUGUUAAUGUUACUAUAGUAGCACCACAGGUACCCCAAGCAUUGCCAGUUAAUGGCAGAAGUUCUGUGGAGCAUCAUCACAUAGCUGUAGUUCACUCAUCAAUCAACCUUUCAAAGUCACCUCACAAUGUCAUAGAAAUGAAGGUUCUUGAAGAACAGUCUAAGAAGGAUUUACAACAACUUCUGGAGAUGGAUUCUGGAAGACUCCUUUCUACCCAUAAGAAGACAUGGAAUGAACUUUGGAAGACUGGUAUUCAUGUGAAUCCUCGACAUGAUGCUGAUACCCCCCCUGGAAAUGAAGUAAAUGCCACUAUGUAUUAUGUACUGUCAACCUUCCCAUCGCCUGAUUAUGAUAUUAAUGGCAAGGCAAAGGAUGUGGAGGAGUUUGAAUCUCUUCUUCAUGCUCCUGAACACUGCUUUGGUGGGCCUCCAACAAUGCACUCAGCAUCGUUAUGGCCUAUACCAAGAACUGAGGCAGCAGUCUCUAGAAUGAUGUUGUCAUGGAAACAAGUGUUGACACAGAAUGGCUGCUCAUCACUCAUCAAAGCUGGUGCCACUGGUAUUGCACAAGCAAUGGCACUAAGUUUUGGAGGUCUUCAGUUUUCAGCUGGUUUGUUUGAGUUUGCUGCAAACCCUGCCUCCCUUCACACCAGUGUAACCUUCCGUCAUAUUCACCUCUAUAAAGAUGUAUAUAUCAAUGUAUCUGUGGUCAUUAAUGAUCACACUGGCCAUGCAGAGAAAUUGCUAAUCACAGCUAACUUAGGUAAUGGCAAAAGUCUAUAUGCUUGUGAAGCAGGAUGUCAGUUUGAACCAGUUGAACUUGGGAUGUCGCAGAUUGUAUUUCCAGUGCACAUGACUAAGCCUGUCACACCUAUUUUGUAUAUAUCAAAGAGUAAAAGUCAACUUCAGAAUAUCAAGAAGAAUGUUUUUAUCAAAGAUGCUCAUCAAGAGUCUUUGAGACAUCAUCACGUGUUUCAUCAUGUUGGUCUUCCCGCCAAGUUUUGGGUAUCCAUUGUAUUUUUAAUAGUAGCCUUUCAUUUGUAUCUAGUUAAGAUUAUAUACUAUGAAUGCUUUAAAGAGCCAGUUAGAUCAAAGAUUUACACUAGCUAACAAUGGUCGACUGUCAAAAAUACAACAAACACGCCUUUCAAGAAGACAUGCUUUGACAUAGAUAAAUAGAUAGCUUGCUAUUUGCGACAUUCCCUUUGACGCUUGCUCAAAAAGAGAUAGAGAAGUGCUACUGCCGGUGGGAGUCAAAGAUGAAAUGUACAUCUGUGUUAGGGCUGCAUAUGUGAAUGAAGUCUUAGCAAGAGUGCUCUUAUGUUUGACCAUUAGCGUCUAAAUUGUACUUCGCAAACUGGGCUGAUAGAGGUACUAAGAAAGUUACUGAAAGUUACUUAUGCUACAUAGGAAAGGGACUGGCGUGAACAGUUAUCACUAUUCAAGAAAGCUUUGAAAAAAAACUAGAAAUGCAAUAGCCAAGAUUGCAAGUUAGCAUGAAAAACGUUUUGCCAAAAUAGACGCCAUUUCCUGAACUACUUGUAUAAGCGUUAGAGAGUAUUAGAGUUGUAUAAUUGAGAACAAAAGAAUGAUAAUGAACAACAUUGUUUUUAUAUUUAAUUAAGAGUAAGGCACAGUCCUUUGCCUAGGGGGGUGGGGGUGGCUUAUUAAGCUAAUCAAUUGUAACUCAAAUUUUUGUUACAAAAUAAAUAAGAGAAUUUUAUGAA